UGGACAGAUGCAGUGGACUAGAUUUUCACCGUCGCGUAUCUUCAUUUUUUAUGUAAAACUAGAAUUAAUAUAUUAAUUGAUAAGUCAAUUUAAUGAAUUGAAUUAGGUUGUCUGUCGAUCGUUGCUUAAUAAAAUGCUGUAACAGAGAUGAGUAUCUCUGGCUGUAACGACAAACUAAGUUUUUAAUGUGAAAGUUGGCAAUUCUACUCAACCGAACAGACGCGGUAAGAAGUAAAGGUUGUCAUCGCCUGCCGGUGUUAAACAAUUAAUUUCUUGAAUUUAAUAAUAAAUCUAUUCACGUCAUGAAGCUAGUGAGGUUUCUAAUGAAACUUAGUCACGAGACGGUGACGAUAGAAUUGAAAAAUGGUACUCAGGUCCAUGGAACAAUCACAGGUGUAGAUGUUGCAAUGAAUACACAUUUGAAGACAGUCAAAAUGACAAUAAAGAACAGAGAUCCAGUACAAUUAGAUACUUUAAGUGUGAGAGGUAAUAAUAUCCGUUAUUUUAUAUUACCCGAUUCGCUACCAUUGGAGACCCUACUCAUUGACGAUACUCCAAAGGCAAAAGCAAAAAAGAAGGAAGCUGCCCGAGGUGCUGCCAGAGGUCGUGGACGUGGUGGUCGAGGGGCACGUGGUGGGCGUGGUGGUCGUGGCAGAGGUCGUGGCAGGCGAUAAUAGUACAAAACAUUCUACUCUUUUAAUAAAUCGAUUUAAAGUCCAACCACGUUGCUUGGUACCAAAACACACAUCUAACAUAAUGAAGUAUUUUAUAAUGACAUGGUCUGUGAAACUCAUUCAUCCCACCAACUCGACAGUACCCAUUACUAUUGCAAAGUGAAAGCACAUUCAUGGGUCUUCUUCAGAGUCGACAAGAGAAUUAUGAGUACAAAUAUUUGAUAAUUUCGUAACUGCUCAAUAUUAUAGAACUGCAACGAGUGAGGUAGGGUAAAUCAACUUACGAGUGGCAAAAUUGUAUCUUGUACGGCUUCGGUUUAAUAAACAAUAUCGCUCUAA